CUGGCGGCUCGAAGGCAGGGGCUUCGCGGGCGGCGAUGGGCUUCGGGCUGGCGCUCGGCUGCCCCGAGGGCCACAGCGCCCUGCUGCAGCUGCAGGAGUCGGAGGUGCGCCUGCUGGAGGGGCUGCGCAAGUGGAUGGGGCAGCGGGCCAAGAGCGACCGGGAGUACGCCGCUCUGCUGCACCAGAUGCACAGCCUGGCCGGCAAGCAGGAAGGCGGCCGCCAGCCCCGUCUCGGCGGCCAGAUCGGCCAGUGCUGGUGGUCCCUGGUGACCCAGACGGAGGCGCUGAGCCAAGCUCUAGAACGCCACGCGGAAGCCCUGCUGGCUGGACCCCUGAACACGUUGGCCCUGCUCAUCCAAGACAAGCAGCAGCUGCACCGAUGCUAUGGUGAACAGUGGCAACAAAUGAACCAGGAUUUCAUCCGGACCACCCAACAAGAGCCCGAGCGCCUGAGAGCCCAGUAUCGCAGCCACAUCCGUGAGUGUGCACAGGCAAAGCGCAAAUACCAGGAGGCCAGCAAAGGCAAGGAACGUGAGAAGGCCAAGGACAGGUAUGUCCGCAGCCUCUGGAAGCUCUACUCCCUGCACAACCAGUACGUGCUGGCCCUGCGAGCUGCGGAGGUGCAGCACAGCCUUCACUAUAAGCAGAUCCUGCCUGGCCUCCUCCAGUCCCUGCAUGGCCUUUUGCAGGAGACAGCCCAGAUCACGAAGGCAACCCUGCAAGAAUAUGCCAGCAUCACAAGCCUGGUACAGGAGGAGAUGGUGGCUGUGCACCAAGCCAUGGUCAGGGCCAUCGACCGCAUCCAGCCGGCCACCGACUAUGAAGAGUUCCUCCCCACUUGCAGGUGUGAGCAGCAGGAGAUGCCAGGCAUGGUGACCUUUGAUAGGAGUUUGCUAGAGGAGGCUGAGACAGAGGUCUUGCAAGAGGGGCAGCUCCAGCUGAAUGAACUCACCCUGGAAAGCCUGCAGCACACGCUGACCUCCCUGGAGGAGGAACUGAUCAGUGCCACAGAGAGCACUGAUGGCCAUCGCCGGCGUGUCCAGAUGCUGGAAACUGAAAUCCAGAAUGAUAAGAUGGAAGGAAACCCAGGAAAACGCAUCCUCCUUCUGGGAAGGCAGAAGUCCCUGCAUGAAGCUUACCACCUUUUCCAUCUUGCUCUGGGCACUCAAGAAAAACUCAAGGCCCAAAGGGAUUUGCUGCAACAGAAGCUGGAUGAGCUGGGACCCCUGGACCCCCCACCUGCCCCAGAUCUGCAGGGUGACAGGCAAUCAGUCUCUUCCGGGGAGCAGGACGCUGAGCGAGAGUGGGGCCGAACGCCGCCAGCUUUGGAGGCCCUGAAGCAUCACAUUUCAGGCAUUUUUCGUCCACGUGUCUCACUGCCACCCUCUCUGCCGCAGCUCCCUGAGGUGCAGAAGCCCCUUGGGCAGCAGACCUGGUACCAUGGCGCCAUUCCCCGCGUGGAGGUACAGAAGCUUCUGCAGACCAGUGGUGACUUCUUGGUGCGUGAGAGCCAAGGCAAGCAGGAGUACGUCCUCUCGGUGCUGUGGGAUGGGCAACCACGACACCUUAUCCUGCAGGCUGCUGAUAAUCUGUACCGCUUGGAGGGGGAGGCUUUCCCUACCAUUCCACUGCUGGUUGACCAUUUCCUGAAGUCCAGGCAGCCCAUCACAAAGAAAAGUGGCAUUGUGCUGGUCAAGCCCAUCCCCAAGGACAAAUGGGUGUUGGACCACGAAGACAUUGUGCUGGGGCAGCGCAUUGGGCAGGGCAAUUUUGGAGAGGUCUUCAGUGGAUUCUUGCGUGGCAGUAAUGCUCCAGUGGCUGUGAAAUCCUGCCGUGAAACGCUUCCAAAUGAGCUGAAGGCCCGGUUUCUGCAGGAGGCUGGAAUCCUGAAGCAGUAUAGCCACCCCAAUAUUGUGCGGCUCAUUGGAGUCUGUACUCAGAAGCAGCCAAUCUACAUUGUCAUGGAGCUCGUAAAGGGGGGCGACUUCUUGACCUUCCUGCGCAACAAGAGGGCUCAGCUCACAGCCAAGGAGCUCCUAAAGAUGAUGGAGAAUGCUGCUGCAGGGAUGGAGUACCUGGCCAGCAAGCACUGCAUUCACCGAGAUCUGGCAGCACGGAACUGUCUGGUGACGGAAAGUAACAUUCUGAAAAUCAGCGAUUUUGGGAUGUCACGGGAACAAGUGGAUGGCAUUUACUCCUCCACGAGUGGAAUGAAACAAAUCCCUGUGAAGUGGACAGCUCCAGAGGCUCUCAGUUACGGUCGGUAUUCCUCAGAAAGUGAUGUCUGGAGCUUUGGGAUCCUGCUGUGGGAAGCUUUCAGCCUGGGUGCCACACCAUAUGCCAAUAUGAGCAACCAGCAGACCCGUGAAACUGUGGAGAAGGGUACUCGUCUAAAUGCUCCAGACCAGUGUCCCGAAGAAGUAUACCAGCUCAUGUUAAAGUGUUGGGAAUACGAACCACAGAAACGACCCAGCUUCAGUACCAUCCUCCAAGACCUGGUUGUGAUUCAGAAGAAGCAACGGUGAGAAUGCUGACCUCAGGAUAUCUGCACGGACACUUCUUAAAUUCUGUGUUGUGCUGACAUUCCAGACUGUGGCAUUUCACUCUUGGCAUCUCUUUCUAGUCACAUAAGAGCAUCACAGGUCACACAGCAUCUGUUCAGAUCCAUAUGACCACACACAACCAAGCAUUCAGCAGUGGUGGUCAGAAAAGCCCUAAAGCUUUGGUCUUUGAAGUCAUCUGUAUUUUCUCUAAAAUUGAUAAUAAUAAUAAUAAUAAUAACAAUAA